CCGGGCUCCGAGCUCGCUCCGGCUUUCCCGGCUGGAGCCCCCCCCCAGAUGGAGGCUGAGGCCGCGGACGGGCCUCCGGGCGCGGCGGCGGACACGGAGCUCAGUUGCUUCUCUUUCAACCAAGAUUGCACAUCCCUGGCCAUUGGAACCAAAGCUGGUUAUAAGCUGUUUUCUUUGAGUUCUGUGGAGCAGUUGGACCAAGUUCAUGGAAGCAAUGAGACCCCAGAUGUAUACAUUGUGGAGCGCCUCUUCUCCAGCAGCCUGGUGGUGGUGGUGAGCCACACAAAGCCUCGGCAGAUGAACGUCUACCACUUCAAGAAAGGCACCGAGAUCUGUAAUUACAGCUAUUCCAGCAACAUCCUGUCCAUCAGGCUCAACCGCCAGAGGCUGCUGGUAUGCCUGGAAGAAUCCAUCUACAUCCACAACAUCAAAGACAUGAAGCUGCUGAAAACCAUCCUGGAGAUCCCCCCCAACCCCACAGGUCUGUGUGCCUUGUCCAUCAACCAUUCCAAUUCCUACGUGGCCUAUCCUGGGAGCCAGACGACAGGCGAGAUCGUGCUCUAUGACGGACACUCCCUGAAAACUGUCUGCAGUAUCGCCGCCCACGAGGGCCUGCUGGCCGCGCUUGCCUUCAAUGCCUCAGGCUCCAGACUGGCCAGUGCUUCUGAGAAAGGCACAGUCAUCCGGGUCUUCUCUGUCCCUGAAGGGCAGAAGCUCUAUGAGUUUCGGAGAGGAAUGAAAAGGUACGUGACUAUCAGCUCGCUGGCCUUCAGCAUGGACUCUCAGUUCCUCUGUGCCUCCAGCAAUACGGAGACGGUGCAUGUCUUCAAGCUGGAGCAUCUCACCAGCAGUCUGCCGGAAGAGCCUUCAACCUGGACGGGUUACAUGGGGAAGAUGUUCAUGGCCGCUUCCAACUACCUCCCCGCCCAGGUGUCAGACAUGAUGCACCAGGACCGGGCCUUCGCCACCGGGCGCCUCAGCGUUUCUGGGCAGAGGAACAUCUGCACCCUCUCCACAAUCCAGAAGCUGCCACGGCUCUUGGUGGCAUCAGCCGAUGGCCACCUUUACAUCUAUAACCUGGACCCGCAGGAUGGCGGGGAAUGCGUCCUCAUCAAAACCCACAGCUUGCUUGGCUCAGGAACCCCAGAGAACAAAGACAGUGACCUCAAACUUUCCUUACCUCAGUCUUACGCCGCCACCGUUGCCAGACCAGGCACCUCCUCAGCAUCCACAGUGCCAGGUUAUUCAGAGGACGGCGGGACCCUCCGCGGAGAGGUCAUUCCUGAGCAUGAAUUUGCCCCGGGACCAGUAUGUCUGGACGACGAGAAUGAAUUCCCCCCUAUAAACUUGAACCGCGGAAGUCAGAAGGGCAAAACGAAGCAUUGAUGAGGAGAAACGCACCCCAGAAAUCAGGACACCCUGACAGGUGGUUGUGGAGAGAACCAGGAAGGUGGAAGAAUGGAGUAAGAUUGUGUGAGCGGAGUUGGGGUACAGGAGUUUCGGGCACCACCCACUUAAGCCACAGGACUUGGUCACCAGCCCGGGCUGCCCAUGUGUGUGUGUGUGUGUGAACCUCUGAACACAUCCUGUUCUUUAAAAUACCCUCCCGCCCCUCGAGUCCACGCAAACUAAUUGCACUGGUCCAUGACCAGAAUUUUGUAUGGGGUGGGAGGGAGAGAGACAUUCUUUUUCCUUGUCUGCUGUGUAAAAAAAUUGUACUUAGAGGAAAACCUUUUGGAUUUGUAUUUCUUGUAUAUUACAUAUCGAUAGAAACUAUUGUUGUUCUGCAAAGUAUUUUUUGUUUUGCAGUGAUUGAAAUGCAUCGUUUAUUACCUUGAAGUUCCAUUUUUAGGACACUAAUAAUAAAAUCAUGGCAAUGCAA